UGCAGACAUUUGAAAGAUAAAGUAAGCAAAGCUGCAAAGUUUGCGUGAUAACUAGAAAAUGAGUGAAGCCGCAUCUCCUAAAAAGAUCGCUAAGAAAUCGACUCCCAAAAAGCCUGCCGAUCAUGCUCCGUACAAGGCCAUGAUUGUUGAUGCCAUCAACUCGCUUAAAGAACGCAAAGGAUCGUCCAGACAAGCCAUCGCCAAGCACGUUAAAGCCAACAACAAGGUAGGCGACAAUGUCGAUUCGCAAGUGAAGAUUAAUCUUAAGCGAAUGGUCGUUGCUGGUGAGCUGGUACAAGUGAAAGGUGUUGGCGCAUCCGGUUCGUUUAGAGUUGCUGCCAAGCCUAAGGCGGCUAAGAAGAAGAGUCCCGCUGCUGCUGCAACCGUUAAAAAAGCCAAGAAAGAAAGCAAAGAAGUAAAGAAAAGCACGCCAAAAAAGAAAGCCGCUCCGACAAAAAAGGUGACAGCAGCCAAAGAAAAAGCGAAAAAACCGAAAGAAAAAGCAGCUAAGAAGACGCCAGUGAAAAAGAGCGCCCAAAAGCCGUUGGCAGCAAAAAAACCUGCAGCCAAGAAAGCCAAAGCAACUCCAAAGAAGAAAGACCACCGCCAGCGAAGAAGACCACCGCCAAAGUCGAGAAGAAAUAAGUUCGACUUGCCCUUUCAUGUUAAACGGCUAUUUUCAUAGCCACACAUCUUUCUAAAAACACGAGCAUAGGCAUAUAGAACAGAUAACGAUUUGUUGGUUGCGAUCAAAUCCUGCGUCGUUGUUCAUCGUAAAGUAAAAAAGAUUUGCGUAAAGUAAAAAAGGGUGUCUGUUAGAUCAGGGAGGUUUCACGGGAUUCAGAUAUCUGCGAAAAAAAAAACAAAAAAAAAAAACAGGUAGUUAUCAGCGAGAAUGGCUCGUCCUCAAACUUACGCAAGACUUAUGCAAGUUAACCGACAAUUUUAUUAGGCAGAUUUUUCUUCAUACUUUGUUAUGUGAAACGUUUACGUUUUUGCAAUGAAAGAGCGUUUUUUUCUAAGAGGAUCCAAGUCUAAUAAAA